UGGGUGAAGUGUACAUUGCAUUUGUGUGUAGGGGUCAUGUGCAGUCUGGGGACAAUGGGUGCCCUUGUUGUGGUGCCCGUGCAUCUCCAGGGCCCUGAUGCCUUUGGGCCUCACUUAUCUUCCUCCUCCAUCUCACUAGGCUCUGCCAAGGCUGAGAACGACAAACGUCUAAGCAUAGGGCCCGGCCAUGGGCCAGGGUCUGUAGCAGAUGAACCCCAGGAUAAUGUCUUCUUCCCCACCGGACGACCGCCUCACCUGGAAGAGCUGCACACACAGGCCCAGGAAGGGCUCCGCUCUCUACAGCACCAAGAAAAACAGAAACUGAACAAGGGUGGCUGGGACCAUGGAGACACCCAGAGCAUCCAGUCCUCCCGCAUGGGACCAGAUGAAGACACCAUCUCCUUCUGCAGCCAGACCACAUCCUACACGGCUGAGAGCUCCACGGCGGAGGACGCGCUCUCCAUCCGCUCAGAGAUGAUCCAGCGCAAAGGCUCCACCUUCCGACCCCAUGACUCAUUUCCCAAAUCAUCUGGAAAGUCAGGGCGGAGGAGGCGGGAGCGGCGGAGUACGGUGUUGGGACUGCCACAGCAUGUGCAGAAGGAACUCGGCCUGCGGAAUGAGCGUGUGGCACCAGGUACUCCUCGGCCCCCUGGUCCACACGAUGCUGUACACAUCCCAACAGUGGACGGCCACCCGGCAGGCCUGGCCUCAGGGACAGGGGCCCGGGUGUCCCUGCAGGCACUGGAGGCGGAGGCAGAGGCUGGUGCUGAGACAGAGGCCAUGCUGCAGCGCCACAUUGACCGUGUCUACCGGGAUGACACCCUCGUUGGCCGGUCCACAGGGGUCCGGCCCCCGCCAUUGACCCGGCCCAUGUCCCUCGCAGUGCCUGGACUGACAGGAGGGGCAGGGCCUCCAGAGCCCCUGAGCCCAGCCAUGUCCAUCUCACCCCAGGCCACCUACUUGUCGAAGCUGAUCCCACAUGCUGUGCUGCCACCCACAGUGGAUGUGGUGGCCCUGGGCCGCAGCAGCCUGCGCACACUGAGCCGCGGCAGCCUGCUCUCGGCUAGCCCAGCCUCCGUCCACUCCAUGGGCCGCUUCUCCUCAGCCUCAAGCCCACGGCCCCGCAGCCGCCACGCUUCCUCCUCCAGUGACACAUGGAGCCACUCUCAGUCCUCUGAGACCAUCGUGUCUGAUGGUUCCACAAUCUCCUCUAAGGGUGGUUCUGAGGGCCGGCCAGAGAGCUCUGUGGCUAGCAAUAGUGUGGCACCCCCUCCCCAGGGGGGCAGUGGACGGGGCUCCCCCAGUGGGGGCAGCACUGCCGAGGCCUCAGACACAGUCAGCAUUCGGAGCAGCGGGCAGUUGUCUGGCCGGAGUGUGUCUCUACGUAAGCUGAAGCGACCCCCCCCACCUCCCCGCCGGACCUACUCCCUCCAUCAGCGAGGCUCAGUGGCACCUGAUGGGCCCUUAGGGCUGCCGCCCAAGCCUGAGCGGAAGCAGCAGCCACAGCUGCCACGACCACCCACCACUGGUGGGUCAGAAGGGGUGGGGACAGCACCCUGCCCACCCAACUCAGCAGGCAGUUGGGUGGCUGGCUUGUCUCCAGGUGGCUCCCGGCGCCCCCCACGCUCCCCAGAACGGACGCUUUCACCCUCCAGUGGAUACUCGAGCCAAAGUGGUACCCCUACCCUCCCUCCCAAGGGUCUGGCACGUGCCCCUGCUUCCCCAGGCAAGGCCCAGCCCCCUAAGCCAGGGCGUGUCACUUCCCUUCGAUCUCCAGGGCCCUCUGUCUCCUCUUCCCUCACGUCUCUGUGUUCCUCCUCCUCUGACCCUGCACCCUCAGACCGCUCUGCUCCACAGAUGUCAACCCCCCUGGGUGACAGGUUUGUCAUACCUCCUCAUCCCAAGGUGCCUGCACCCUUCUCUCCACCUCCCUCCAAGCCUAGGAGCCCUAACCCAGCUGCCCCUGCUCUGUUUGUCCCUGCUCUGAUUCCUGAGCCUGUCUCUACCACUGAUGCCAGUCCUGUAUCCCCUCCUACUCCCCAGACAUCCCUGACCCCAUCACAGGAGUCUCCUGUUGUCUGCAAAGACCAGUCACCCCCACCAUCCCCACCCCCAUCUUAUCAUCCACCCCCACCACCCACUAAGAAGCCAGAGGUAGUUGUGGAGGCCCCAUCUGCUGCAGAGACUGCUGAAGAGCCCCUCCAAGAUCCCAACUGGCCCCCACCCCCGCCUCCUGCACCCGAGGAGCAGGACCUGUCCAUGGCUGACUUCCCCCCACCUGAGGAGGCCUUUUUCUCUGUGGCUGGCCCUGAGCCUGCAGGCCCUUCAGGCCCCCUGGAGCCUGUUAGCUCCCUGGCUGCUUUGCCCUCCUCUGCUACUGUUUCUGCCCAGAGCCAGUCCCCUGGUCCCACAGACCCUCCUCCAGCCCCACCAGCCCCACCUCUUGCUAGUUUUGUCCCAGGGCCCCUUGCCAAACUCCCUCGGAAGGAAUCUGUGGACCACAGGAAGAGCAGCGGGGGUCCCAGGGAGGAUUCUGGUGCGCCCCUGGUCACACCCUCCCUCCUGCAGAUGGUGCGGCUGCGCUCGGUGGGCACUCCCACAGGGGCUCUGACCCUGGCAUCGGGACCAUCAGCCCCCCAGAAGCCACUUCGAAGGGCCCUGUCAGGGCGGGCCAGCCCAGUGCCUGCCCUCUCCUCAGGGCUCCAUGCUGCUGUCCGACUCAAGGCCUCCAGCCUGGCUGCUGGCGAGGGCCUCAGAAGUGCCCAGCCCAAUGGACCGCCUGAGGCAGAGCCACGGUCUCCCCAGUCCCCUGCCUCUACAGCAAGCUUCAUCUUCUCCAAGGGCACUAAGAAGCUGCAGUUUGAGCGGCCCAUGUCCCCUGAGAUCCAGGCCGACCUCCAGCGGAAUUUGGUGGCUGAACUUCGGAGCAUCUCAGAGCAACGGCCAACCCAGGCCCCCAAAAAGCCAUCUAAGGCACCCCCACCUGUGGCCCGCAAGCCCUCUGUGGGCGUCCCCCCACCUGCCUCCCCCAGCUUUCCUCGGGCUGAGCCCCUUACUGCUCCUCCCACCAAUGGCCUCCCUCAUGCUGAGGACAGGACUAAGGGGGAGCUGGCGGAGAAUGGAGGUGUGCAGCUGGUGGGCCCAGAGAAGAUGGGCCCCUCAGGCUCAGACCCACAGAAAGAGCUGGUCUGACCACCAGGCACCUCACUGGCACUGCUGACCCAUCCCAGGAAUACAAUCUCUCAGGGACCUGAGCAGCUCCAAGGACGAGAGGAUACGGCAGACACAACCUAAUAGAGGAGAGGACGCCUGCAGCCUUAACCUCCACUGCCUUCGACGUUUAUGCAAGCCUGGCGUUGCUCCUGUCCUCCGAGUCAUCAGCUCUCAUGCCUUUUCCCGAAUGAUUCACCUCUGGCAGCUGCCGCUUCAGUCUUGGCCUUAGCCUCAUCUCGAAGGAGGUAGCUGGUGAGAGAGGGUGGCUGCGCCCCCUGCUGGCCCUAAGGCCGCAGAGUUGGGAGCAGAACGCCUCACUUGAGUUUGUUUUGUUUCAUUUUCUUCAUGUCCAAAUCGUGCACAUACUGUAGUGCAGAAUCAAAGCACUUUUGAAAAGUAGCUGCACAUCCAUCCUCCAGGGCCCAUCAAACCACAUUCCAAGGGCCUGUUUACAUGGCAGCAGCAUCAAGCCCUGGUGGCCAGCCCAAAGAUGGGACCAGUCUGUCCCCUCCUCCUUCAACCCAGUUUGCUCCUUAGUUCUUGGAGGUGGGCAAAUCAUUGCAUUCCCCCAGGCUUCUCCAGCCUGGGGCAGGGGUGGGGCUGUGGAAUUCCAAAGCACAAAAGGUGCAGUGGGGGCUAGCCUUCCUGUGCCUCAACUCAACAACCACCCUCCUGCCUUCCAGCUCUUCCAGGUGCUCCAUGCAGGGCACAGGAAGUAGGAGACUGCCAGGACCCAAAUGGGUCGGGGGAGGACAACCAGAGCGGGGUCUGCAGGCUCUCUGUCCUCACAAAGCGGAAGAACAGAGUAAGGAGUCAUCUCAGUGGGCACUUGGCAGCGCCAAGCAUCUGCCUCUUGUUUGUUUGAUCGGGUUGGGCAGGUGGGCAGGACAUUUCAGGGCAGGAGCCCCUGGACUGUGUCCCUUUCAGCUUGGCAGGAAGUAGUGAGAAGGUGGGUGGAGGGAAGGGUCUGGCAGGGGGAGAGCUUAUUCGGGCAGUGGGCCCAGACCUGGCCCUAGGGACUUCAUUCUCUGAACUUUCUUUACUCUUUUUGGUGCAUGUCUUUUCUGCAGCUGCCUUUCAGCACAGGUGGUUCACUGGGGGGAGCUGAUGCUGAGUGACGAGCAUGGGAAACCAAAGGUGCAUUUCACUCGACUCUUCCCUAGUCAAUGAGGGGCACCCAGUGCUCCUAGGGAGCAGGCUGGGUGGCUGCCCCCUAGGUCACAGCCUCUGCUACUGAUCUCCAGGAAUUUUAAUGACCUUUUUAUUUUCAGCCUGUGCCACCUGUCUAGGUAAGCUGGCUUCCCCAUUGGCCCCUGUCGUUCCACAGGGAUGGCCCUAGUGCCUCCCUUCACAGCAGUGUGGCUGCCACCCAGGGCCACCCCUUCUUUCUUAAUCCUCUUUCCUCAACAGUGACUUGGGCUUGAGCCUGGCAAGGAACCUCACUUUUAGUUCACCACCAAGGAGAGAGGAUUGACACACUAUUCCCCCCGCCCCCCAAUAUCUGAGAACAUAAGGGAUGUGGAGUGAGAGUCCAUGUUCCUCUGGCCCUCUCUAGGGCUUCUUCAGUUUGUCACUACUGUCUUCUUCCUGUAGCUAUAAACCAAUGUUCUUCCCUUGCCCUAUGGGUAAUGGAGAGCUGCUGCUGGGCAUAUGUUGCACCUGCCUAGUGAGUUGGGGAAAGAGGACAAUCAGUAAGCACCAUUCUGCUCAGAGCUCCUGAUCUACCCUGCCCCCCAGGAUCCAGGACCCAGUCAAAGCUCUGUGAAACCAGGCCCUGGGAGCAGCACUGGAACUGGUGGAGGGAGCUACCUUCUGUCUCUUUCCCUCCCCUGUCCUCCAAUGUUUCGAGCUCUUUAUUCUCAGCUAGGGUCUUCUGAGCUCGUUUCCCCACUGGGUGGGACAGAGUACAAAGGAGAAGAGGAUCUAGAAGAGUCAACCUUUGUCCUCUGGGGUAAAUGAGCUUGACCUAGUGAAAAUUGAGAGACCAAAAGCCUCUGAUUUUUAAUUUCCAUAUAAAUGUUAGAGAAAUAUAUAUAUAUAUUUCUUUAAAUUUUUGAGUCUUUGAUAUGUCUAUACAAACCUUCCCUCUGCCCUGAUGCCUGAGUGAGACACAUGAGAAAGCACUGUAAGUGUUUCAUUUAAAGGUGUUAAUUAAAUGAUUGAAACUUG